AUGUCACGAACAAGUGAAUCCGAAAUUCAAGUGCUUAUAAAUUUCUAUCGACUAUUUCAUCCAAUGGAAGUCUCGUUUGUUAUGGAUUUACAUACUCGUUUAGCUAAAUUAGAUCCAACUCGUAUUACCUUUAUCACUGAUCAUUUACGAAAGCUCUUCAAUUCACAACAUAAAGAAUCUGAUGUUCGCGCUCUUAUUUCAUUUUUCUCAAAUCCCAAUAAUAAACCACAAAUUAAACAUGCUCAUAAUCUUGAAGAUAUAUUAAUGUCUCAUCCACAAACACAUCCAAUAUUACCUUUUACAGAACAAUGUCCUGUUUGUAAUAUUACUCUAAAUAGUGAUAAUACUCGCACAAAAGAAGUUUCUAUCUACACAGAUUGUGGUCAAGUUCUACCAGGUAUUGUGUAUUAUCUUCGAUGGCAUCAUGCCAAUAACUCCAACGAAGAAAUCGCAGAACCAAUUCUAAUUUAUCCAAACUAUACACAACAAAAAAAUAUGAAAAAAUUUACAAUAGAAAGUAUUCAACAUGGUUCAUAUGUUUAUUUGGGAGGUGGUAGUAUCGUUACUAUUCCAAAAGAAAUCGAUCAAUUUAAUUUAUGGGCUUGGUCUCAAUAUCCUCGUCUUUUAUCAAGAUUUAUUUAUUUAUGGUCAAAUCAUAAGACCCUUAUUGGUCCUUCACGUUGGCGAAUUUGCCGCACGAAAUACGUUGAUUAUCUGAGUAGUGAUUUUACUAAACCUUUAGUUAUUGGAUGUUGGAGGACACCUAUUCGUCAUUCAAUACACUGUGAAAUACAUCAAAAUUCUCGAUUUUCAACUGAAGUAACUGCAGUUACUUCAGCAAUGAAACGAUAUAAGCUUCGCAAGCGUAAAUUAAAAAGAUCAUUUGCUCUUUUGGCUAUGGUCAGUAAUUGUAAGAUCAUCGUUAGCUAUGCUGAAAUUUUCAGAAGUGAAACUUUACGUGAAAUUGUUCAAUUACUUUUAAAUACUAUACGAAUUGCUGGUGAUGCUUUUCCAAAAAUAGCAUGCUACGAUGACGGCUGUCAUUUGGUUCGAUCUGUACAUAAAAACGUUGGCAAGCUUAUUGUUGAUACGCCAGCUUCAAAUGUUCUCAAGAGCACUAGAUUCUAUAUCGACAAAUCGCAUUUUAAAAAUCACGUGGGAGACUGGUGCAAGAAAAACAUGUCACCGUAUUCCUAUCAUGAUUUAGAUUUGAUUAACACUCAAUGUGCUGAACAGUGUUUUGCUUGGCUUAAGCGGUAUGCAGCGAUCAUCAGUAGUCUUGGUUGGAUGCGAGCACCACUGUAUCUACUGAUACUUUUUCAUUACAAAAAUUUAUCAACUUGUCACGUACGUCCAACUAAGCAUUUUAAUAUUGUAAGUGUGCACAAUAAAACAUAUUUUAUUGUUUAACAUGAUUGUUUUCAGGAUCAUCUCGUUCCCAAUGUGCCAAAUAUUAGUCUUUCACAUGCAGCAAAUCUUCAGCAAGACGAUCGUUUGCCUUUGUCUAAUCUCAAUAAUAAUUUAAAUACAAAACAUAUCAGAUGCAACAAAAAAUAUUAUUCAAUCGAAUAGAUUUGCUGAAAAUAAUAAAUGGACGAUGAUAUCCGCAAGUAUUCCACAUAACGUUCAAUCAGCAUCCGCAAAUACAACCACAAACUUACCCAAUCUUGAGCGUGUGGGUGUGGGUGUCGGUGUCUGUGAUUGUGCAUGUAGGUGUGGAUGUGACUGCGGGUGUGACUGUUGUUCUUCUCUAAACUAAAUCUAUGUCGACAUUGACACCCCACCCCCACCCCCACCCCCACCCCCACCCCCACCCCCACCCCCACCCCCACACCCACCCUCACCCACACCCACACCCACACCCACACCCACACCCACACCCACACCCACACCCACACCCACCCACACCCACCCACACCCACACCCACACCCACACCCACACCCACACCCACACCCACACCCACACCCUCAAGGAUGACAUAAAUCGACAUAGGAUUAGUGAUCAUAUAAAAGGAUAGGUCAAAUACAAAAGCCUUUGAUGUACUUUUGAAUGAAAAUCUGUGAAAUGAGUCCACGUGAACCCCACGACAACCACAAAGGGUUAAAUAACUUCUUUAGAUUAGCAAACUUUUAUCACAAGAAAAAAAAAGCAGAAAAUAAAAAUUUUUGUUCUUUUAAAGCCGUUAUAAUUUAAGUUGUUGUUCUUGUUCCCAUGGAAAUUCUGAUCUACCAAAAUGGCCAUAACAGG